AUGCGUGAUGCUGUGACAAGCCCUGCGGGGACCGGGACCCGGGGGGGAAGGUCCGAUGCGAAGUCGGGACGGACAGAUCUGAUUUUCCUCAUCCGCUUUCGGCACUGCUGCCUGCUCCGAAACCAGCGCUGCAUCCUGGCCUACCUGUAUGACCGGCUGCUGCGGAUCCGAGCGCUAAGGUGGGAAUACGGCAGCGUCCUGCCAAACACCAUCCAGUUCCACAUGUCAGCCGAGGAAGUGGAAUGGUUCAACCGGUACAAAAAGUCGCUGGCUACCUACAUGAGGUCAGUAGGAGGAGAGGAGGGGCUGGACCUUACGCAGGACAUAAAACCUCCCAAAAGCCUGUACAUUGAAGUGCGGUGUUUAAGAGACUAUGGAGAAUUUGAGAUCGAUGAUGGUACCACCGUCCUGUUGAAGAAGAACAGCCAGCACUUUUUACCCCGCUGGAAAUGCGAGCAGUUAAUAAGACAAGGAGUCCUCGAGCACAUUCUGUUGUAAGCGCGCAGGACAGGAGGGACAGCUCUUGCUUGGUGGCCUGCCCACAAUGGGGGACGGAACUCUGGGGUGUGCGGGACUUCAGACACCUCAGCAUUUUGGCAGUGCUGCUCCUCUUAAUGGCCUUUGGUACCUGCAUGAAGAUCAGCCCUGAGUUUAUGAAGUAUGCAAACCACAUCGGCCAGCUCUUCAUGACCGAAGGGUGC